CCUCUCCCCCACCCACCCCAAGAACCCGAGCCUAAUAGUGCUGGUCCCUGUCUUCCAGCUUCGUGAGUCUGCCCGUUCCGCUCAGCUGCUGCUUCUUGCUUAGGCAAGGUUUCAGAGGACACCGCCAAGAUGCCAUCUCAAAUGGAACAUGCCAUGGAAACCAUGAUGUUUACAUUUCAUAAGUUUGCUGGAGACAAAGGCUACCUAACAAAAGAAGAUCUGAGAGUUCUCAUGGAAAAAGAAUUCCCUGGAUUUUUGGAAAACCAGAAAGACCCCUUAGCUGUAGACAAGAUUAUGAAAGAUCUGGACCAGUGCCGAGAUGGAAAAGUGGGAUUUCAGAGCUUCUUUUCAUUAAUUGCCGGGCUGACCAUCGCAUGCAAUGACUAUUUUGUUGUACAUAUGAAGCAGAAGGGGAAAAAAUGAACCCAAGCUAAGGAAUUCCUCCCAAACUUGAUCCUUUGCAGUAUCUUGAAUGGUCACUUUUGAGAUAUUCCCAUAUAGCUACCCCUAGGAUAAGGAAGUUGCAUGAGCAGACCCAGACCCUUAAAAUGUACAAAUGAACUCCAAGCUUACAAUUCGACAGCUAGGGAAAGGAAAAACAAAUAUGUGUCAGAUAAGCUUUUGAUUUUUUUUUGUAUUAUAUGCAUCCUCUACCCCACAAUAAAAAGAGCAUCCUUUUUUUAAUGUCUAA